CGUGUGCGGGUGACAAAGAGGUGGCUCGGGGAGUCUGGCCCCGGACCCUCAGUUGCGCUGCUGUUGGCUGGUGGUGUGGAUAUACGGCGUGUUCUCCAUGGCACUAUGCUUUUGUCAGUCGAUAAUCAUGACUGUAUUCAGUUCACUGUUAAAAGGGAAUAUCAAGAUGCAAAAAUGGAUGAAAACUAUGUGUUUGGUGAACAUUUAACAACAUUGACUCGUUGUGAUAGAAGACCCAAAACUUGCAAUUUAGCCAUAAAAAUGAAAUUAAAGUUAAGAGGAAUCUAUGGUUCUGUAUCAAAAACAGGUAUGAAUAAUUUUUGCAGAAUAUUCCGUGUGCAAAAGAAUGAAAAUUCCACAGAAUUAUCUUUGGUGAUACUUUGUCAAAUCUAUAACUCUGAAACUGAAGAACCACUAAUUUAUCCAGAAAAAGCCGGAGACGGAGAGAGUGUUUUUAUUAUAAGCUGUUUAUUUGCGCCAGUGCAUUGUAAGGAUGUAAAUAUGUUUGAUGAAAUAUGGUACCAUGCAAACCCUGGUAUCGCAAGGGAUCCAGCAGCCAAGAAUAAAAUAUCACCGCGGGUUCUUUUGGGAAUGAAUAGUGCUCGGGCAGGAAGGCAUGCGAAAGCAAAUUCAGACAUCACUGUCAAGGCCUGGAAAGAUGCCUAUAUUCGUGAUAUACUUCAUGGUCAGUUUAUGACAAAUGGAGCAAUACUGAAACGAAAUUUGGACAUAGACAGUGGAUUGCAUGAUACCAUAAGCACUGAAAAAGAAAGUUCCCACGAACAUUCUACUUUCCCCAUGUUAAGAUCACAUGAAACAAACUUGUCCACUGGCAAUACUACAAGUGUUGCCCAAGAACUUCCCGCAGCAGACGGCAGGGGUGAAAGUAUUUGUGUUAUCCGAGGACGGGACAGUGGCUCUGUGCCGUCCAGAGCCUUAGGCUUGCAAAAGGUAAAAAAAGGGAAUGGGCUGUGUUGCGCAGGCUUAGAGGGGUGCCUAGCGCCUCCUUCCUUCCAAAGUGCAAACAACGAAAAAUUGCCUUACAAAAAAGCAUUCCAAGGCACUGCCCAAGGAUGGGGUCUGCCUCUGGUUCUGAUGAUGUUGAUGAUGCUGGUGCCCCAGGCCUUAGGCCUGCCCGCUGUUAUACGAAUAGGUGCCAUCUUCACUGACGACCAAAGAGAUUCGGCAACAGAGCUAGCCUUCAAAUAUGCUGUUUACCGCAUCAACAAUGACAAAGUCAUUUUACCCAACACAACCCUUGUAUUUGAUAUUCAGUAUGUUCCGAGGGAUGACUCCUUUCAUACGGCAAAAAAGGCGUGCAAACAAAUCACUUUCGGGGUACAAGCGAUCUUUGGACCCUUCGAACCUCUGCUGGGGUCCCACAUCCAGUCCAUCACGGACGCUCUCGACAUCCCCCACCUGGAAGCGCGGCUGGACAUGGAGCCUCAGGAGAAGGAGUUCAGUAUCAACCUGUAUCCUUCGCAUCAGUACCUGAAUCAGGCUUAUAAGGACAUGAUUCAGUUUCUUAAAUGGAAGAAAGUGGCAAUUGUGUACGAAGAGGAUUUCGGUCUAAUGAAGCUGCAAGAGAUCAUUCGAUCUCCGCCAAGCAAGAGCAUCGAGAUCUACAUCCGCCAGGGCCAUCCGGAAAACUACAGGGAUAUACUCAAGGAAGUGAAGCACAAGGAAAUUUAUAGCAUCAUUGUGGAUACCCUUCCCGAACACAUGAAUCUCUUUCUGCGUUGUUUGCUACAGUUACAGAUGAACGACUACAGAUACCAUUAUCUCUUCACGACAUUCGACAUCGAAACGUUUGAUCUGGAAGACUUCAAAUACAAUUUCGUGAAUAUGACAGCUUUCCGCCUCGUGGACACAGACAAUGGCCACGUUAAGAGGACUCUCAGGGAUAUGGAGAAGUUCCAGCCCAUUGGGCACUCGAUUCUUAAUAAGUCGACAAUCAUCCAGGCAGAGCCCGCCCUCAUCUUCGACAGCGUCAAUGUUUUUGCCAAAGGACUACACGCACUGGAGCGUUCGGCUACGCUUAGCCUGGCCAAUUUGUCUUGUGAAUCGGAAACGCCUUGGCCAGAUGGAUCGUCUCUUUUCAAUUAUAUCAAUGCUGUUGAGUACGACGGGGUGACUGGUCCUAUCAAGUUUACGGAAGGAAAACGAACCAAUUUCAAGUUAGACAUUCUGAAGCUGAGGAUGGAGAAGCUGUACAAAGUGGGAGAAUGGACUCCCGAGAGCCAGAUCAACAUCACCGAUCAUCAGGCAUUCUUCGAGGGGGGGAAGCCCAACAUCACUCUCAAAGUCAUCACUAUAGAGGAGACGCCUUUUGUCAUGGUCCGGGAGGCGCGCAACCUAACGGGCAACAGCCGUUACGAAGGCUUCUGCGUCGACCUCCUCCUCUACAUCUCCAGCAUGGCCGGCUUCGACUACGAGAUCGUUCUCUCCGGCGACGGGCUCUAUGGCCUCAUUGACACCGAGACGGGCGAGUGGAAUGGAUUAGUCAGGGGCCUCAUGGAUAAGAGAGCUGAUUUGGCAGUUGGUUCCAUGACGAUCAACUACGCACGGGAAAGUGUUAUAGAUUUCACUAAACCUUUCAUGAAUCUCGGCGUUUCCAUUCUUUUCAAGGUACCACAGAAAAUCCCAACGAGACUAUUUAGUUUCAUGAAUCCAUUGGCAGUAGAGAUUUGGUUGUAUAUCUUGGCUGCCUAUAUCGUAGUGUCCACUACCAUCUACAUUGUGGCCAGGUUUUCCCCGUAUGAAUGGCAAAAUCCCAACCCGUGCCAUCACAACAACGAAAUCAUGGAAAACGACUUCACUCUGGGCAAUUCCUUCUGGUUCACCAUUGGCACUCUCAUGCAGCAAGGAUCUGACCUGAACCCUAAGGCAGCGUCAACUAGGAUUGUCGGAGGCAUCUGGUGGUUCUUCACCCUAAUCAUCAUCUCGUCGUACACGGCAAACCUCGCUGCCUUUUUGACCGUCGAGAGAAUGAUCACUCCUAUAGAGAGCGCAGAAGAUCUGGCAGAGCAAAACGAGAUAGAAUACGGUACUUUGGAGGGAGGAUCUACAAUGGCCUUUUUUAGGGAUUCGAAAAUCGAGACGUACCAGAAGAUGUGGCGCUACAUGGAGAGCAAGAGACCUUCUGUGUUCGUCCCGACCAUAGAAGAAGGCGUGCAAAGGGUCCUGAGAGGAAACUACGCUUUUCUAAUGGAAUCUACUAUGCUGGAUUACACCAUCCAAAGAAAUUGCAACUUGACGCAGGUUGGAGGGCUGCUCAACUCCAAUUCGUAUGGCAUCGCCACACCCAUAGGAUCACCUUGGAGGGACAAGAUAUCGCUGGCCAUCUUGGAACUGCAGGAGAAAGGCAUCAUUCAAAUGUUGUACAGCAAAUGGUGGAAGAACACCGGCGACGUUUGUAACAGAGACGAGAAGAACAAAGACUCCAAGGCCAACGCUCUCGGGGUCGAGAACAUAGGAGGUGUCUUUGUCGUCCUUCUCUGCGGAUUAGCUCUGGCCAUCGUCGUAGCCAUCUUGGAAUUCUGCUGGAACUCCAGGAAAAAUGCUCAGACGGACAGGUAUUCAGACGACGAGAAUGAAGACGAGGAGGAGGACGGCGACGACGACGAGGAGGUCGAGUAUGACGAAUUUGGCCAGAAGAUCCCAAAACCUAAAGUCAUUAAACCACCGCAAUCGCUCUGUUCGGAGAUGGCCGAAGAGCUGAGGUUCGCCAUGCGAUGCCAGGGAUCCCGCCAGCGUCCCGCCCUCAAAAGGAACUGCUCGCGGUGCACUACUGGCACUACCUAUGUACCUGCAGCCAACGACAUGCCCCAGGCCAACGGCGAAAAUGGAUUGCUGCCUAUGAUAGAAUUCCGCAAAUCGUCUGUGGUGCAGUUUGACGCUACCAGUCCAAGUUGAUUGUUACAGUUCCCUCGUAGCUUCCUGACCAAUUUGUUUAGAGCUUUCUAUCUUUACGAUUUCGUUCGCUGUUUUCAAUAUAAAGUAAGUCCUUUAACAUACUUUUGGUCAUUUACUUAAAGUUCAGAAAAUGUGUUGUGAAAGGCUGGUGCUGCUGAUCGAAUUAUUCUCUAUUUGAUGACGCUUGAGGACGGAGGCAGAAAAUGGCUUUGUUGCGUCUUUCUCUUUCAUUUCUUCGAACAGCGUUGCAAAAUGAGUCAAUGUCGUUCCCGAGAAGUAUGUAUGCUCUAUAAGGUCUUUCAUUGCCCAUUAACAGCUGCAUUUAAUCGUGUUUUACAUUCCAACUUGAAACUCCACGCUAUUUGUUAUUCCAGUGCCAAAUGACAAUGACUUGAAGAUUUCCUUUUGAUAAAAAGGGAAUAUUAAUACCUUGCUCCAUUCACAGCACUUUUGCGGAAUCCCAAACAUUUAAAUCACAAAGAAUGAAAGAAAGAAACGAAGGUUACCGAGGCUGACCACAGUGAAGGUCCUUGCUGAGGCGUUGACUCUUGCAAUAGCAACGAAAAGUGAAGAAUAAAUGGACAUCCAAUGAGACGGAAUAAUGGAUUCUUGAGUGAUAAAAAUAACUCUCAUUGACAAGAAAAUUAAAUGAUUAAAUUGAACGUCAUACUUCCCUCCUCAUUUGUGAAGGGAGAUAUAGUGAAGUUCCCUUGUUUUGACGGCCAUAAAAAAAACGUUUAUGACUGAAUUCAAAUGUACCUGCAACUAAAUGGUCACUUACCAAUUACUUAUCGUAUACGGUACCAGUUUCAUUAUAGCAACUAUCUGUAAGCGAGGGAAUUCUUCGCUGUUUAUUUGUUUAAUGGGUAACGCAUUAUAUUUAUGACGAAGCAGCCUUCUCACAUGAGAUAAAUAUCGAUGUAAAGUGUUAGAUUUAUUUAAAAGAAAAAAAAACCUUAUCUGUGUCCUGUUAUAAGAAUUUAAUCACCGCGGGAUCCGACACUGAUCCCGUAGCAGGAUGGGACAUCUUGGAGCCAAGUUCCUGGAAAAAUCUAGCGAAACCUGUCUAAACAUUGAACAAGGUACCUGGUCGGCAGUCGACUGCAUUGGGUAGAGAAUGGCUUUGGGAAUACGACUUCAAAGCCAACCCUUCUAAGAACAAAGGAUCUAUGAAGGAUAUACACAUAUGCACACACAGGCCUUUUCUCAAUAGGCUGCUUAUUCUCUGCAGUGCUUCUGGGUACAGCUGAGCAGCGGGCACCUCAAUCACUGCUGAGUCAUCAACAUCCAUUGCCUAGUUAACCCUUGUGGGACUUUGGCGCUUAUAAUUUAAAGUUUCAUUUUCGUCCCUGAAGAACACUGUGCAACAGGACAAUGACUUGUCUCUUGUCUCUGGCGCUCACGAGAAACCUGAAAACUUGUAGGUCCAGAGGGCCACGAUGGGAUUAAACGAAACAUCCCAGAAUCAAUCAUCCUAGCUUGGGAAACGAACCUGGGAUCUCUCUCUGAUUAGGUGUUACCCCAAGACUGGACUAUACUAUGGCUGCGGGAUUGGUAUAUUUCUCUUAUUUACUGAAAAUCAUUCAUAUGAUGGGAAAUUAUAGUUAUAGUUCGAUUAUUUGGAAAGUAAAGUAGGUGAACUUGUCUGACAAGAUUUUCCUCGAGGUGCCCACUACGUAAUAACCACUAAUGUCAGUUCGAAAGUCUUAUGAAAUUGUGAAUGACGUUCAGUACCUUGAAAUAGUCUGCAUAACCAUUUGCAUUGACGUUUUAAGAAAUGUGUUAUGCUUUAUCUAAUUUCUCCUCUGUUGGUUACCAAGAAUUAUGCAUUAUUCACGUGGCAAAUUGUCAAGCAACUUCAUAGAAAUAAGCGCUUUUUUUUCUAGUAAGAUCUUUAGAUCAUUGCUGAGCAUUUCUACAGGAAGUCCUUCCCAAAUGAUAUUUUAAGGCUUCCAAAAGAUUAUGCUCGAUUAACCUCAAAGAAGAAAUGCUUGCUUCGAUGAUGUUCAACGACAGUUUUAUGACUGAAAUGUAAUACAGACAAUAAUAUAACGAGGUAAUUUUGUCGACUUUUGAAAAAAAAAUUCCUUUUGCCUUUACUCAAUGUUCAGACUUGGUCAACAGAAGCGUACACAACUGAGGGUACAAUACACAUUCUCUAAAGACAGAGUCCUUUCUUGAUCUUUUAAAAUACUUUGUUGGUAAUUGAUUGGUAAUCGUUGUAGUUAUUGCUUUGUAUAGAUUAUUCUAAGCUCCCUUUCCUACUUCAACAUGAAGCUGUUAUUCCAGUAAGUUUUAACGCGAAAGUGAACCAGAGGGGCUUCAAAAUCAUCCCCCCAAAAUGUUACAGAGUUAAAUAAAUCCUUAUAAAAGGGAGUCCGCAUUUCUAAUAAAUCAUAGACCUUCAUCUUAACGCUCGAUAACUUCGUUGCCUUGGAAGAGUCUCCGAAUGAAAACUCAUAGAUGAAAGGAAGCGAUCAGUAAGAUCUUAGCACUGUCCAGUCUCAAGUAACCUCUACGUCAUAUCUAGUGAAAUGAAGUACGUUUGCUGCAUCUGUCCACAGCAAACAGACGUGACAGAACUUUCAUCGGCAGCUGAUGCAUAACAUUAUCAUUUUUCUCGUUAAGUGCUGCCUCUUAAAAGUUCAAAGGUCAGUUUAACAAGGAAUUGGGGGACACGACAAUGCCAUCCUAUAAAACAGUAUUUCAAACCUCUCAGUUCAUCUUUGUGCUUCUUGGUUAAAAGAAAGUUUAAAAAUAAAAGGAUAUGUUUUACAUUGGAUGUUUAAUCGAGACCACAGACCUGCAUCAUCUUUUGAAAUUUCGUGAGGAAAUCGAAUUAACAGUAAAGUCCUUCUCUGCGAAUGGCUUCGUGUUCUCCAUACUCUGUCAAACACCGUCAUUCCUGAGAACAAUUUGCAGUCACAGAAAAACUAUUAAAAAAAUCGCAUUGUAUGAAAUUGCCAUAAUUUAUUGAUAAAACCAACAUGAAAAUAAGGUACAUUUUCAGUAGGUACCGUCCAUAUAUUAAACCUCUUCCUGUAUUUUACUAUCUUUCCAACUGAGAAAAAAAAUCGCAGAGAAAGGUUGCGUAAAACCGCUGGUAUUUGUUAUCGUAUCCAAGUUGCUGAUUAUUACCGCAUAAUUAUUUGCCCCAGGUAAAAUCAAUUCUCUUUACUGCGAGCAAAUGGGAAUGAGCAGACGAGCGAACAGGAAGGUCCUUUUCCACUUUCCUCGAAUCUACCACUGGAGAUCACUGUGGAAAUUAAAGCAAAUGUGAAUUUUCUUUCGAAAACAUUGCCGUUUCUUAGAGAAAGUCAUUUGAAAAUGAGGUUGGGAUAGCUAAGUCAAUAUCCAUAGCAAAAUAAAUAAUUAAUUAAAUCAAGUGAUUUUUAGCUCUGAUCUGAACUCGGUAGAAAGAAUACCCGCUUCUUUUUGCGUUUGUAUUCUGCUACAUCACUGCAGCAUGUUCGCCCUUAUUAAAUUUGUUUUCCACCAUGGAGCACUGAAGUUUGAACACAGAGGUUUCAAUUGUUGGUUUCGAUAAUGGACAGAAAAAUGGAAGCAUUUAGCUGUGUCGUUUUCGUCCAGUUCCUUGUUAAAGUGGGGCUUCUUCCAACCUGUGAGUAUCGAAGCUGAAAGUUUUCGCAUACAAUAAAUUGUAAGUCUGUGAUUCUGGGGAUGGACGUAGGCCGUGUGUGCACUAAUGCUGUUUUUACUGAUAUUAUUGUUGAUGAAAUUGCCAGAUAUCUUAUCUUAACGAAUUAUAUAUUGCUGAUACAGCAAAUCUUAAUGAAUUGCUAUUGUUAAUAGGAAAUGAAUAUUCGAUUUGUUAGUGAUAUUCUCUUCACUUCUAUAAGAGAUGGUUUUCUGAAUCCUCUACAGUAUUGUAUAUAAAAAAUAUUUUACAGUAGAAUGAAAAUUUAGAAUAUCCUUGAUAACUGACAAAAAUAAAGAUUU